AUGGUUUCUAGCAGUUAUGUUAUGAACCAUGAUUUAAGCCAGCCAGAGGUUGUCGACCUCUUGGUUGUGGGUUUCACAGGAACCCUUCAAUCCUGGUGGGAAAAGCAUCUCACCGAUGAGUCAAGAGCCAGCAUAAGAAGUGCUGUGAAAACCAAUGAGGAUGGAAUUCCUAUAUUCAAUGGGAAAGUUGGAUUAGGAGAUUCUGAUGCUGGCAACACUUUGUUCUAUACAAUUGUAGAACAUUUUAUUGGCACACCAAGUCACCUUGCGUCUAGGGUCCAUGACCAACUGAGUAACCUUAGAUGUCCAACCCUGAGCGACUUUAGAUGGUAUAAGGAUGUUUUCCUUUCUAGAGUCAUGUUAAGAGAUGAUAGCAACCAACCGUUUUGGAAAAAGAAAUUCAUAAACUGUCUGACUCACCUCUUUGCCCAUAAGAUCAAAGAUGUCUUAGUUAAUGAGAACAAUGUGAUAGAUUAUGAUAAUCUCACUUACGGGAAUAUUAUAAGUGCUAUCCAAAAAGAAGGUCUUAAGAUGUGUAUCGAUAUGAAAAUAUCUAACCAAACCAAUAAGGAUAAGAAAAAGGCUAAGUAUGAAAUGGGUGCAGAUCUGAACUGUAUACAAGAAGGAUUGGUUCCUACGAAGUAUUACAACCAGGAUGGUUUAAUUACCUAUCCUAUGGAUGAAAAUGUUAAGUUUAAGUUUCUGGCUAAACCAGAAUUAAGUCAGUUGAAUACUUUUAAAAGCAAUUCAUUCUCUAAGUCUGUUAACCUAAUAAAGUCAAAGACCCAACAAAUAGGGUUUUUACAAGAAGAGAUUAAGGUUAAAAGAAUUGAAGAACAAUUAAGUCAAAAGACCCUUCAGCAAAGAAUCCAACUCUUUGAGGAUAAGAUCAAAAGUGAAGUUUGUUCUGAUAUCCCUACUGCCUUUUGGCGUAGGAAGAAGCACACUGUAAGCCUUCCUUAUAUCAAAGAUUUUGAUGAAGGAAAAAUCACCACUAAGGCCAGACCCAUUCAAAUGAGUCAUGAAGUUACCAAACUUUGCCGGAAAGAAAUAGAAGAUCUAUUGCACAAAGGCAUAAUUCGUAAAAGUAAGUCCCAUUGGUCUUGUUCAGCCUUUUAUGUUCAGAAAAAUGCUGAGCUUGAGAGAGGAGCUCCUAGGUUGGUUAUCAACUACAAGCCCCUUAACAAAGUCUUGGAAUGGAUAAGAUAUCCAAUUCCAAAUAAAAGAGACCUAAUCAAUAGGUUAAGCGGAUCCAUGAUCUUCUCUAAGUUUGACAUGAAAAGUGGAUUUUGA